AUGGUGCAUGCGACCAAGGACCAGGAGCCACAAGCGACGGCUAGUCCUCUGACCCAAGGCGCCGCUAUCGAUGACCAAGUGCACAGCUCUGUCGGAUCCCAUGGCAACGAUGUAGUCAUCAGCUACCGUGGUGGUAUCAUCGAGAACACGCACGAUGUACACGCCGCCGUUGUUGACGCAUCUGGCAAGCUCAUUUACACCGUCGGCAACCAUCAGAGGAUGACACUAGCACGAUCUUCUACCAAACCAAUUCAGACACUCGCCAUUCUGGAAACCGGGGCUGCAGAACGAUUCAACUACGACGAUGCCGAUGUAGCACUCAUGUGUGCUUCACACAGUAGCGAACCGCGACACGUUGAACGAGCACGUGCGAUGCUGGAAAAGACUGGAGAAAAGGAAGAGAUUCUUACAUGCGGCGGACACCCAGCUCAGAACCCUGUGGUCAAUCGUGCAUGGAUCAAGAAAGACUAUACGCCAACUGCCCUCGACAACAACUGCUCUGGGAAACAUGUUGGCAUGGUAGCAGGCGCUCUAUCUCUGGGCGCUUCGGCUCACGACUACUAUUUUCCCAGACAUCCAAUGCAGCAACGCGUAUAUCGAGCCGUAGAAGACCUGAGCGGGCUUGGAGAAAACGAAGUGCUUUGGACUGUGGAUGGAUGUAACCUUCCAACCCCAGCAAUGCCUCUUCCAAACUUUGCGCUCAUGUUCGCGAGACUUGCUGAUGCCGCUGAUUGCUUCGAUACCAAGACGAAACCAGUCGUUCAACGAACGCAACAGUUAGCUCGUAUCCAUAAAUCGAUGGCUGGUUACCAUGGACUGGUCGCCGGUGAAGGUCGAUUCGAUACGGCGCUCAUGGCAGCUUAUGGUGGACAGAUCGUGGGAAAGAUUGGAGCGGACGCAUGUUAUGGCGUCGCUGUCCGCGCACCAAACGACGCUGACAUGACUGAGGCAAGUCAUGGAGCUAUUGGUAUUGCUGUCAAGGUUGAAGAUGGUAAUCUCGAUGUCCUGUAUGCUGCCGUUAUAGAGAUUCUAGAGCGACUGAAGAUUGGCACAAGUGAAGUGAGACAGUCACUGGAUGGUUGGCGAUUUCCGAAGAUUGUCAACUCUGCUGGAGCUGUCACGGGUGGUUACAAGCAUUGCUUCAAGGUGCGAAACGUGGCGUAG